CUCUAACCUCAAAAAGUCACCAAGCAAAACAGUAACCUAAAAACCUCAUAACCUGUGCUAUACAAAUGUAAUUAGUGUGUUGUGUAGAAAUUCUACGGAUUUUCUCCGUUUUUUUAAACUUUUGUGAUGAGAAUGAGAAGAUCAUUCUUUAGUAGAAGUUUUAAAAGCAAACUGAAAUAUUUUCUGGUUGUUUUUGUAUUGGGUUUUGCAUACGUUUUUGGUGUAUUUACUCAUAUAUUUGAAAAGGAUUACUAUAGUGAUUUCAGUUAUCCAUUAGAAGGCGACAUAGUCAAGUAUGCGUAUCAACUCAGAUAUUAUAAAAAGCCAGAUACUGGUCCCAUCAAUGAAUAUAACUUCUCUUAUUUGUAUAAUGCGAAAGGGAAGUGCACAAUGCCUGAUAAAGAAAAGAUUAGACUGGUGAUCAUUGUUAAAUCUGCAAUCAAGCAUUUUAAACGACGUUUAGUGAUAAGACAUUCAUGGGGAUAUGAAGGAAGGUUUUCAGACGUUCCUGUACGAACAGUUUUUAUUUUGGGAGUGGGCGGGGAUGAGAAUUUGCAACAUGAAGUGGCCCUAGAAAACGAAACAUUUGGUGAUAUAGUGCAAGCUAAUUUCACCGACAACUAUUAUAAUAAUACUAUAAAAACAAUGAUGGGAUUCAAGUGGGCUGUGUUGUACUGUCCAAAUGCUAUGUUUUAUUUUUUCAGUGAUGAUGAUAUGUAUGUCUCAACAAAGAACAUUUUACGUUUUGUGCGUAAUCCAAUUAAUUAUCCUGCUUAUCUUCAACAGGCGAUUGUUUCUCUGAAUACUUCUCACAGUCUCCCGAAAAUUUUUGAUCAUGUUGGUAGAGAACCUCUUUUGUUGGAGGAAGACCAUAUCUCCAAUAGAAAAUUGCAACAAGUUCUUGAUUAUCAGUUACCAGAGAAUGUAAGCUUAUACUCAGGUUAUGUAUUCGUCUCUUCUCCGCAUAGACAUUUGACAAGUAAGUGGUGUGUAUCACUGGAAGAGUAUCCUUAUCAUAUGUGGCCUCCCUAUAUAGCAGCAGGUGCAUAUGUCAUGUCACAUGAAGCACUGUUUAGUUUAUAUUAUGGAAGUCUUUUCACUAAGCAGUUCAGUUUACCUUAAUUAUUUUAAAGUCCUAAGAAGUUGAAAAAUGCUAGGUUGUUGAAUACUAUACAAUAAUACUGUAAUGUACUGUUAAAUUCUUAUGGCUAAUAAAAAAUAUAUUAUCAUAGCUCAAGAACUUUGAUAGCAUAGCCUUUAUUAAAUAGAUGAGGGAGUGAAGUAGGGCAAGACAUUUACUAUUGAAACCAUAUGCAAUUAAUUAUAGAUGUACUAAGCAUGUCUUUGGAGUAAGUUGACUGAGGCUCUCACGGCCGGUGGGAUUAAUAGUAAUAAUAAUGGUUUCUGUUCAUAACAUAGAUAUACCACCAGGGAUGUCCAUACGAGAAAAAGCCAAGAGAAAUAAUAUAGCAACAGGCAAAUUCAAAAAUGAACAGAACACACAAUAAAUUGAAACACAGAUUUAAAAAAAAAUCCCAGCAAUAAAUUAGGCAUAUAAUUAAGCACCAGGCAAGUGCUCUAUAAAGAAAAGUAGAUAUAUUUGCUGCCUCACACUCAAAAAAAUCAUUUAAAGAGUAGAAGGGAUUCUCCUAAAGGAAUAUCCUCAGGAUUGCCUCAGGUAGACUUCUAGCAGAAAUAGGUAGCUUGUCAAGGAUCUUGACUGGAUGGUAGGCCAUGCUGCUCUGAGUUCUCCCCAAUCCACAUUGAGGAAGAUUCAGCCUGUGCCUGUUCCUGGUGUCAUGCUGAUGAAAGUCUCCUCUGGUAGGCAAGGCAUCCAGGCCAUGAGAAGCUGUUAUAGCAGACCUGAAAACGUAGAGGUUGAAGACUGUCAGAAUACGCUACCCCAAAACAGUGGCAUGCAAUUCGCCAGAUAAUCAGUCCACACAAAAUUCUUAUGGCUUUCUUCUGCACCACCAAUAUCAUUCUCACCUCAGUGGCGCCACGCCACAGUAUGAUACCAUAUGCAAUCACGCUCUGGAAGAAGGCGAAAUAGCAGAUGCAAUAAUGGGAUGCCUCCGUGAUGCAACCUCUGAGACUCCUCAGCAGAAACAGCACUCUAUUCAGCCUGCAACAGACACCAAGUACGUGAUCUUACCAGGCAAGCUUCCAAUCCAUUGUAAAGCCGAAGGGAUUCACUGAGUUUAAGUUUUAUUGAAAAAAAUUUCCAAGGCAGUUAAGCAGUAUUCUGUUUGCCCAGAAAAUAGCAUAAAUCUAGUCUGCCACAACCUUUUCAGAGAU